AUGUGCACAGACAAACAAAAAUGCAUAUCUGUGCAUAGACACACAGAAAUACAUAUCUAUGCACUCACGCACAAACGCACGCAGGUAAUUAUAAACCUUAACAGAAUUAUCUGUGGAAAUUCAGCAGGACCGAAAUACUCGGGGAACAGAGAGAGAGACUACGAAAGGUUCGAUAAGUACUUCAGGAACGGCUACAAGUUGAUUAGGGCCAUGAACGAAUGCAAUUUCUUGGUGGAUUCCUUUAUUAAAGAGGUAAGAUCCAUCGCUGUGAACCCCCUGUACAACAACUACAUCGGGGUGUGCGCGAACGACAUGCUCAUACGUGUGUACGACCGUCGGAUGCUGGGCUUAUACACACAAUUGGAAAAAAUGCAUCUGCGAAACAACGUUCCUUCGGAUACAUACUACCCAAAACAUCUGUGGAACUACGCUGAUGGAGACUCUACGAAAAGAAUCAAGUCGUCACCUAUCUAUGGCACCCACCUAGCCUGGUCCAACAAUGGAAAAUACUUAGCAGCGACGUACUGCCGAGAGCAUGUGUACCUAUUCAGCUUCUUGAACCAAGAGGAAGAGAGAUGCCUGAGUUACAACACCGUAGAUAAUAAGUACACGUUCGAUUACUCCAAGAAUUACGACAUAUUGUUUCCACCGCGUCUCCCAGAGGAGGGGGAGGACGUGCCCCGACUGGCCUGCAGAAGUAGUGGAAAUGUAGGCAGUAGAAACGUAGGCAGUGGAAACGUAGGCAGUGAAAACGGAAAGCAGCACGGAUGGUCCAUUCCCCCCGUCGGCGAUGACGAUCGUGGAACCUACAAGGAAGAGGUGGCACGGAUAAAAGACACAGAGAAGCAAGCUAGAGAAGCAUACGAAGCAAAAAACUACUACAAUGCUGAGUACCUGUACAACGAAUGUCUAAACAUGGUGCAACAUAAAGACAUAAGGAAGGUCCUUUACUGUAACCUAGCCAUCACUCUACUGGAGAGGAGAGCCAAAAAUGACGCCUACGUAGCAGAGAGCUAUGCCUUGGAAGCACUCAGAUUAGACCCCAACUAUUACAAGGCCGUCUACAGAAGAAUACAAGCUAACAUCGUGAACAAGAAAUUAAUUAACGCAUAUAGAAUUACCCUCUGUGCAUGCAAGAGUUAUCCUGAGGUAGAUGAAUUUAUUUACUUAAAAAAAAAACUCACGAAGAAGCUGUACCAGGUGUAUAAGGACAGAAUCGUCACACUUAAGGAGAUACGUCAGGGGGAACAUAAAAGGGGCAUACAAAAGAGGGACACAGGAAAGGGGGACACAGAAAAGGGGGAGUGGGAGAAAGGGACCCGAGAGGACCCUCCGAGGAAGAAGAAGGAACGUUACGAUGAUGCUUCUCCCAUUGAUAGAAGAUCUGAGCGCGGUGAUGGAGCAGCACACCGAGCAGAAAACCACCUCAUCGAGAUGCAGGAGGGAGGGGCACACUGGAGCAACCGUUUGGGUAACGCAUCCGAGGAUGAUCCCUCCCAUAACAGGACUAACGAUGAAGGUGGUGCUGGUCUGAAGGUGGGACGCGAAAAUGGGUGCAACUUAGGAAGCGAAUUGAAAGGCAAAAGCAGCAAUGAACGACUCCCCGGGGGGACAAAGAAAACAGCGAAUAGAACAGCGGGGACGAUGGGGACGACAAUAGAGACGACGGCAGCGAAGACGACAGCGAAGACGACGCAGGAGAAGACCCCACGAGGAAGAAACACAUCCCGAGGCGAUGAAAAUGGACGCACCGGUGAAAAUAAGAAGCAGGGGCAGUCUUCUGAAUACAACUCGAACAGCCUCCAGAACUGCCCCGUCGAAACGACCAAACGGAGGAAGAAGAAAAAGAAGAGCAACGAUGGCGGGAAGGCGGAGGAGGAGGAAGCCGCCUGUAGUAGUAGGGCCAUCUCAUGGGGGGGUGCAAAAAGUAGCGAAACAGAAGGAGGAGAAAACAUGGAAAUGCUAGUCACCAAUGAACAGUUAGAAAGCGUAGAAAAGGUAGAAAGUGUGGAAAGCGUAGAAAACGUGGAAAGCGUAGACACCGUAGAGCCCCUCGAAAUCACGCGGGGAGCAGAUAACGCGAAUCAAGAUGAGGUAGGAGCCAUCAGGAGAGAGGAUGAGACUCGGGACGAAAUGGUGGAAGGCCUGAUACACCACGAAGACGACAGGGGAUGGAAAAACGGAGGCACGAGGGAAGAACCGCCGAAGGGAAACAACCCCGAUAGAGGCAAGUCGAGAGAAAUAAAAGGAUACCAGGUAGUGGAUCUCGAGGAUGGUGACGUAGUGAAUCUGAUGAGAGGCGACGCGGUAGAGGAUGAAGUAGACGACGAGGUGGACGACGCGGUAGAGGACGAACUAGCCAACGAGGUAGACGACGUGGAGACCAUGGGAAGGAAAAAACGAAGCAUAAGUAGAGAAAGAAAUUGUAUACGUCUAAUUAAUGAAAUUUCAACUCACUUAAAAAAUCAGGUGAUUACUUCUUAUCCGUUCUUCCUUCUUUUCCACGUGAGUCAUUGCUAUAGGAGCUCUAUAACAGCAUGGAAUGGAUGGCCCAAACAAAAAUAUUUGGCAGCAGUGGAGAAGCAGGUGAGAAAAAUGAAAAAGAAGAUACACCUCCUUAAACAUAACUACAGUGAAGGGAUGUAUAAAAAGAAACAGAAGAAGGUGGUAAAGGUUAAUAGGAACUAUGAGUAUAUCCUUUGUAUGGAAAAGAAGAAAAGGAGGUGUGAUGAGCUGAACAUGAUCCAAGAGAUCGAGGUUGGGAGAAGUUCGCAGGAAGAGCUCCCGGUGGGGAAGCAGUCAGUGGGGGAGCCAAUGGGCAGCAGGUUAAACGUAGGGGAGGCGGGCGCACUCAGGAGCGGAGAAGAAAACGCAGGCAGAAACCCCAACACCCGAAGUGUCGGAAGUGUUAGAAGCCAGGACGCGACAAGGACAACAAGGGGAAACCCACGGGGGGAAGAAACACGCACCCGUAAUGAACCCCCCUCCGAUAAGGAGGAGACGAAGUCAAAGAAAGGGACAGAGGAGACGAAAAAGAAGACAGAGGAGGAGACGAAGUCAAAGAAGGGGACAGAGGAGACGAAGUCAAAGAAGGGGGCAGAGGAGACGAAGUCAAAGAAGGGGACAGAGGAGACGAAGGUAGAAAAGGGCGAAAGCGAUCACUGCAAACAAACAGAAGACUCAGAAUGGAUUUCCUCCCCUUCGAACACAGACACAGAUGACCCACGUGAAAACAAAGGAAGCAAUUUAAGGGAACGAAUUAAAAAGGACAUCGACUACAUUAUCGAGAAGUCAUUUGGGAAAACAAAGGUGGAAGACAUCCCUAGGAUUGAAUUGUAUCGCUCUGCAUUCAACGUUACUCCCAUUAGUGACAGCAUCCCAGAAGGAGGUAGUACCAACGUGUUGGGCCAGAUUCAGGAGGAUAUGGAUUGGGACACAGAUUCAUCAAGUGCCCUUAAUGAAUUCGAUGAAGCUCUAGCCAUGGCGAAUAAUACAUAUAAUAGUGACGAGAGUCACAUUGCAGAGGUGGGUGGACAGUGCCCAUGCAUGCAAAAUGGCAGCGCCCCCACAGGUAUAACCCGUAUCCAUUACACAAUAGAGGCUAUCCCCACUGAGUAUAUUUCGGAUUUUAAUUUUAGAUACUAUACGAUAGACAGUAAUAAUGUCUUAAUGGACACGAGGCUUGCGAACGAAGCACGCAAUGGGAGGAGCAACCAGACCCCGUUGAGCACAGGCACAGUUGGCAAUGACAGCGGCGCUACGGGGGGUGAACGGGGGACGAACAGUAGGGUUAGUGGUGCUAGAAGAGGGGUUAGUGGUGCUAGAAGAGGGGUUAGUGGUGCUAGAAGAGGGGUUAGUGGUGCUAGAAGUGGGGAUAGUGGUGCUAGAAGUGGGGAUAGUGGUGCUAGAAGUGGGGAUAGUGGUGCUAGAAGAGGGGUUAGUGGUGCUAGAAGUGGGGCUAGUGGUGCUAGAAGUGGGGCUAGUGGUGCUAGAGGUGGGGCUAGUGGUGCUAGAAGUGGGGCUAGUGGUGCUAGAAGUGGGGCUAGCGGCGAGGUUAGUGGUAGCGCUCGCGAUAAUCAUACUUGUCAGUUUUGCGGUAUGGUUUGUCGUGGGACUAGCACUGAUGUUAAUGCUGAGAAUAGGGGAAUGGCUAGGCAUCUGGUCAGAGGUAUCAAUAUGUGUGGGUAUAUCGGGGAGAUGAGUCAAGCGAACGUAGCUGGGUUGAACGAACAAAGAGGGGAAGCACGAGAAGAAGCACGAGAAGAAGCACGUGGAAGAUCCAACCGCGAAUCGAAGGAGAGAUGCGAGGGAAGCCCGCAAAUAGAGACAGUCGUGCGUAAGGGCCAAGGAAAUCUUGUAGACCAGAAGGGAGAUUUGAAAAAGAAAAGCGCAGGAGGUAAUGGGGGAGACAUCGGCGGUAAAGACAAACAUGUGUAUUCCCAUGGAAGGAAGAAAAAAGCGAAUAAAAACGUUGCGCAGAGUUCCGGUGAGGACAAAAGAGAGAGCUGUUUGCGUGUCAGCAGAUCGGGCGAUUCUAGUAGGAGAAGAGAUCACGCGAAGGGCACGGCAAAAAGGAAGAAGCCCCGACCCGUGGGUGGUAGCAGUGACAGCAGCGGUAGCGGGGGCAGCAUGGGUGGUAGCAGCGGUGGUAGAAGCGGUCGCAGUAUCGGUCGCAGUAUCGGUCGCAGUAUCGGUGGCAGCAGCGGUCGCAGUAGCGGAGACAGCCCCUCAUCAUCGGAUGGAGACACAAAAAGUGGAGCCGUGGACUACGAGGAGCAUCUCAGGAACAACAUGAGCAGUAAGGUGGAUAACCAUAUGAGGGAGUUCAAAGACUUCAUAAAAAAAAGAAUGAACGUGUAG